AUGGACGCAAAAUUAUGUGAUACUCAGAUUAGUACUUUAACUUCUACUUCAUCUUCUACAGUUCCAUCUCGAAAACGACGUCGUCGUAAUAAUUUAACAAGUGAAAGAAAUGAUACAUCAUCAUGCAGUCCUGAAAGAACUGAAAUUAUUCAUCAAGCCGUGGCUAAAAUGGUGGCUUUAAAUCAAUUGCCUAUAUCGUUCUGUUCUAGUACUGGAUUUAAUUAUUUCAUGUCCAUCGUAGAACCAAAUUACAAGGCAAUUAAGGAAGAGGCAUUAAAAAAGAGGCUUUAUGCGCUAAAAACUGAUAUAAAAGAAAAAGUAAAAGAAAAAUUGCGUUCUGCUCAAAGUGUAUCGUGUACUUCUGAUUGUUGGUCAUCGUUGUCACAACAGUCAUAUAUAACUAUAGGUGCACAUAUUAUUGAUACACAGUGGUGCCCAAUAUCAUUUACACUCACUACUCAUGAGUUACACGAACGACACACAGCAGAAAAUCUUACCCAGCAACUGGAGAAUACUUUCAACGAAUGGGAAAUAGAUAAAAAAGUAAUAGCAGUUGUAACAGAUAAUGCUAAAAAUAUUGUAAAUGCCGUCACAUCAUUAAGUUAUAUUCCUGAAAUUUGUAGUAGUACAUGUGCAGCUCAUUCAUUGCAACUUUGUAUCAAUAAUUCUUUAAAAACAGAUACGAUAACUGAAAUAAUUCAAAAAUGUUCUAAAUUAAUUGGUCAUUUCAAACACUCCAAUGUAGCAAUGAAUGAAUUACAUAAAAAACAAGAACAAUUAGGCUAUCCCAAAAGUUCAUUGCUUCAAUAUUGUAAAACACGGUGGAAUUCAAUUUAUACAAUGUUGGAUCGUCUUUUUAUAAAUAGAAGUGUAAUAUUGUCUGUAUUAACCAAUAGAAGUAUAACUACAUCAGAAAUAUGUAGAAAAUUGGAGAUUACAGGAAAUCAUUGGUGUUUAAUAGAAACUUUGAUAUGUUUGCUGAAACCAUUUUACGUUCUUACAACAGUUCUUUGUAAAGAAAAUCAUUCUCCCGUGUCUAUGGUGAGACCUUUGCUUUAUAAAGUUAUUGAAAAUCAUUUAAAAUCACGAGAUGACGACAUUAUAAUUAUUAAAGACUUCAGAAAAACGGUUAUAAAUGAAUUAACAAAGCGGUUUAAUCUUCAAUUUGAAAUUACUAAUACAAUUUCUGUAAGUCAUAUUUCAAGUUUUUUAGAUCCUAGAUACAAGGAUCUAGAACAUGAACCGAUUCAUGUUAGAGAAGAAAUUCGUAAUCAUGUUAAAAAUUUAUUGAAUGAUAUUAUUGUUCAUCAGCAACAGCCGCAAUAA